AUGUGCGUGCUAAGGCUUCGAGACAGGUUAAAGGCUUGCAAGGAAACCUCGGUAGAACAUGCCACGAGACCGAAUAAUCACAUCAGCCAAGCGUGGGCCACCGCAGCCGCCAUCACUCGCGAGAUAAGCCAUCCCCAGUUUUACGUCUCGAGAGUCGGCUUUCGAUGGGCUACCCCUCCGCCGUUGGGAAGAAUAUUCAUUCUGCUGUGCUACUGGGCCAUGAUCAUCUACUUCAUGUCCUGGAAUGCCGUCAAGGACGAUGUCUAUUUCUGGGAGCGUAUCGGCUACCGCAACGCUUGGGUCACCAUAAUGCAGCUGCCGUUUCUAUUCCUCCUGUCCAUGAAAUUCAACAUAGUCGGCUUUCUGAUUGGAAGCAGUCACGAGCGGCUAAAUUGGCUUCACCGGUGGGUUGCACGAACCAUGCUCAUCACUGCGACAGUUCACGGCUGGCAUUUUUGGACUGAGUGGGUGCGGGCAGACUUUCUCGAGUACGAAUUGUCCAUCAUGCCUCUGGUCAAGUAUGGACUCGGGGCGUGGGGAGUACUGCUCUUCAAUGUGGUCGUUGGGUUUGUGCCCAUCCGGAGGAUGAUGUACGAAAUUUGGCUCAUACAACACGUGCUAUCAUCUGUCGCCAUGCUGGUGCUUCUGAGUUAUCACAUCCCAGACAGCGCAAAGCACCUCCUGUGGAUGUCGGUGUCGUUCCUGGUGUUGGACAGAGCGGCGAGGGUGGCCUUGACGGCCUGGCAGAAUACCAGGUGGAGGCCAAACAAGUCGGCUUGCCAAGGCAUGAGGCGGUGGGGACACAACAUCUCUUUGCGAGCCAUUGGCAACUCGGUUACCGUGCUGACCAUAAAGGACGUUCACUUCAAGUGGCAUGCCGGUCAGCACAUCUACCUUUGGGUUCCUAGGCUCGGCUUGCUGGAAUCCCACCCUUAUACCAUUGCAUGUGCCCAUCAGAUCAAGGGAACGUGCUGCUGCAACAGUGUCCAGCUCAUCAUCCGGUCUCACGGGGGGUUUUCGAAGCGUGUUCAUAAUUUUGCAGUCAGAAAUCCGACCAAGACGCUUGCUGGAUUCGUCCUGGGGCCGUUCGGAGUAACCACCAAGUGGGAAGCGUUUGAGACGCUUGUCUUGAUCGGGGCCUCGACGGGGGCAAGCUUCACGGUGCCCAUCAUGGAGAGUGUGGCCUACUCAGAACACGCGUCGUGUGUGCGAAGGUUGGAAAUGGCACUGACGGCGAGGACGGCGGAGGAGAUGGAAUAUUACGUGGAAAGGGCUAGAGAUGCUGCCAGAAGCGCGCAAGAAAAGGGUAUCGAGGUGAGGUUGCACGUUUCCAUCACGGGCAGCUAUUCAGACGCGGAUUCCGGAGUGCCGCUAGUGCGAUUCGGACAGGGAAGCAGGGACGAAGCAACAAGUGGCUCGACAAAGGAAGAGGCAACCGACGUGUACUCUGGCAGGUCCGUAGAAGACGGGCUACGACCCAGAAGGAGGACCUCGAGCUCCAGCGCGUCUCGCAACAGCGCAGGCAGCAUCCACAUGGUGCGCGAGUACACCUCCCGGCCGGACAUUGAGGCCCUGCUCCGCGAACCUGUGGAACAGGCAUGGGGGGAGACGGCGGUGGUGGUUUGCGGAGGAAAGGAAAUCGUGGCGAGGACGCGAAACUGCGUUGGCAAAUUGAGCGAUGAGCGGGCGGUGCACAAGGGAACAGGCGCACAGGGCAUAUACCUGCAUGUUGAAGAGUAUGCAUUUUGA